CGAUUCCCAUCACCAUGCCUGUAGUCGACCCAGGAUCCUUGGUUCUCGUCACCGGUGCCUCUGGGCACCUUGGCACUCACCUCGUCAAGGCCCUCCUUGACUCCAACUUUCGCGUUCGUGGGACCGUCCGCUCGGCGGCAAAGGGAGAGUACCUGCUGUCAUUGUUCCCCGGCCAGCCCCUGGAAUUCACGAUAGUGGAGGACAUGUCAAAGGACGGGGCCUAUGAUGCUGCAGUCCAAAGCGUUGCUGCCGUAGUGCACAACGCGUCGCCUGUCAACCUUGAAUACCCCGGAGAUCCCGCCGACAUCAUCGGCCCUGCCGUGCAAGGCGUGACUGGGCUCCUCGCGUCUCUCCACACCCACAACCCCGCCGUCCGUCGCGUCGUGCAGAUCUCGUCCAUUGCGGCUAUUGGAGUUCCCGUCAGUGGCGGCCCGCUCAACUUGACGGAGGAAUGCAAGUCUCCAACACCUUAACCUUGCUGAUGCCGACAGUAUGGAACACGGAGGACGUGGACGCUUGUGAGCGGGACGGAGCGGCUGCUUCAGGAUUUGCCAAGUACCAUGCUAGCAAGACGUUGGCUGAAAAGGCAUUCUGGGACUACUUCCAGUCUGACCCUCGGGCCUUUGAUGGCGUCACGAUUUUGCCCACCGUUAUCAUGGGCCCAUUCCAGCAGUACACACCCGAGGGUGCCGAUCCUUCAGGCUCAGCAGGCUUCCUCAAGUGGCUGCUGUCACCGGGCCUCCCACCAGCCACCAACUCGCAGUCGGUGUACAACCUUGUCGACCCCCGGGACGUCGCCCAUGGUAUGGUGCUGGCCCUCACAAAGGAGAAGGCCACAGGCAAUCGCUACGUCCUUUCGGCCGGGCCUCAGUGGCUCAACGACUAUGCACAGGUUGCCGUUACCGACUUCCCCAGCAAGUACCCCGACGCCAAGCCCAACACAACGCCCGAGUUCUUGCAGAGCCUGCAGAGCACGGCCAUCGUUUACGAUGGGUCCAAGAUCACGAGGGAGCUUGGGCUCCGCUACAGGCCCAAGCUGGAGACAAUCAGGGACACGAUGGCGGCGUUCUGAAUCAGAGAUGUGCUGGAGCCCGCAGGUCCGUGUCAGAUCGAUAGUGAGAAUAGACU